AUGGAGUUCAUUGAUACAUCCCUCUUUGAAACUACUACCUUUAAACUCUCCUACAAAGAUCCUAUUCAAAAAAGGAUGAUUCGAAACCAUUUCCUCGAAUUUUUUCAAGAUUUUCCUUCUUUUAUACCAUCAUCGAACACAUUUGUCAAUUUUGAUGGUACUACUAUGAACCUUUUAAACGUUAAUGGCUUUCUUUACGUUUCAGAAUUCUUACCAGAAGUACCUCUCGUUAUAUGGCUUCAUGAAAGUUACCCUUAUAAAUCUCCCAUGAUCUUUAUCCCAUCAAAUCCUGAGUGCCCAAUUCACAGCAAUCAUCCAUAUAUUGAUCCAUCUGGUUUUGUUACACCACCUUAUAUACUAGAUUGGCACCAAAAAAAGAGUAACUUAUGUGAACUUGUACAUAACCUUGUACACCUUUUUCAACAUGAUCAUCCUUCCAUGCCAUCUUCUACAUUGAAAGCGACGAUCCUAGAUGAUCUUGUCGCGAAAAUUUAUGAUGAUUUAGCAGUCUCAGAUAUUCAAAAUCGACAUGAAAUCGAGAAAUGGUCUAACAAACAAGCAAAGCUACAAGAAAGGGGUAACAAAAUAGACCAUUUAAUUAGUACCCUUGAAGAAGAACAUGAAAAUUUGGAGAAUAGAGUGGUGGAACUGAGAGAUUAUCAUGAUAAGCUGCUAGAUUGGGUGAGGAACAACAAAGAUGCUGCUUUAGUAGCUCAACUUGAAAUAAUUGGUGACAAGUCAAAAAUGGUAGAUUGCAAGGCUGAAUAUAAUGCUAUAGAUGAUGUUAUAUAUGCAUUGGAUAAGGCUCUUGAACAAGGUGUGAUGAGUUUAGAUGUGUAUAUGAAGAACAUCAGAGUGCUAGCUAGAGAGCAGUUUUUUCUCAGAGCUAGGCUGCUUAAGUGGAAAAAUUCUAGAUUCUAA